AUCAUUUAUAGUACGUUGCUCAUGUGCUAUAAACCGCCAUCAACGACCAAUUAUUAAUACAGAAGCAUGCUCGCGAUCGCUUGAGCAUAAUUUUCUCUAUGGGAAAUUGUACAGCAGAUCGAUCCCAUCUAAUCGAAAUUGUGCAUGGAAACGAACCCGGUAACGUUGGAUCUACUGCCGAAGUACAGUAAUUUUUUCGUCGUUUAAUUAAUGGUAAUAUAAAGCUUAUAUCAUGUCUACCCUAAAACAGUUGACUGUCAGUGGGGAGAGGACAUCGGGAGAUACAGUGAGGACACAAAAUGUAAUGGCUGCAGCUGCAAUAGCCAACAUCGUCAAAAGCUCUCUUGGUCCUGUAGGAUUGGAUAAAAUGUUGGUUGAUGAUGUGGGGGAUGUAACAGUAACUAACGAUGGUGCGACCAUCCUCAAACUUCUUGAAGUAGAACAUCCAGCUGCUAAGAUUUUGGUAGAACUUGCUGAUCUCCAGGACCAAGAAGUUGGAGAUGGAACAACAUCAGUGGUCAUCAUUGCAGCUGAGCUUCUCAAGAUGGCAGAUGAGCUUGUCAAACAGAAGAUUCACCCUACAACAAUCAUAAGUGGAUACAGAUUAGCCUGCAAGGAAGCAUGUCGAUACAUCCAGGAACACUUAACAAUAAGCACAGAUGAUUUAGGCAAGGAGAGCAUCAUCAAUGCCGCAAAGACAUCAAUGUCGUCAAAGCUUAUAGGAAGGGAUCCCGAGUUCUGGUCAGAGAUGAUCUACGAGGCUGCUCAGGCCGUCAAGAUCACAGAUGCGAAGGGCGCCAUCAAGUGUCCCGUUAAGGCUAUCAAUCUCCUGAAGGCUCAUGGGAAGAGUUCGAAAGAAACUGUCCUUGUUCCAGGAUAUGCUCUUAACUGUACUGUAGCAUCACAAGCAAUGACCAAGAGAAUUACAGGUGCAAAGAUUGCAUGUCUGGACUUCAGCCUUCAGAAGACCAAGAUGCAUCUAGGUAUCCAUGUCAUCGUAGACGACCCUGAGAAACUUGAUGCCAUCCGUCAAAGAGAGUCUGACAUCACCAAGGAGAGGAUUCAGAAAAUCUUGGAUGCUGGGGCCAAUGUGAUUCUGACCACCGGUGGUAUCGAUGAUCUCUGUCUCAAGUACUUCGUAGAAGCCGGAGCGAUGGCUGUAAGGAGGUGCAAGAAACAGGACCUGAAGAGGAUUGCCAAGUCAACGGGAGCGCAAUUGAUAGUCACCUUGGCUAAUUUAGAAGGUGAAGAAACAUUUGAAGCUAGUAUGCUGGGACAGGCUGAGGAGGUUGUCCAGGAGCGCGUCUCAGACGAUGAACUUAUCCUCAUCAAGGGACCCAAGGUCAGGAGUGCGGCAUCCAUGAUCCUUCGUGGAGCCAAUGACAACCAAUGUGAUGAGAUGGAGCGAUCCGUUCAUGACGCCCUCUGUGUGGUCAAGCGUGUCAUCGAAAGCAGGUCCGUGGUCGUUGGAGGAGGAGCGGUGGAAUCCGCACUCUCCAUCUACUUGGAGAAUCUAGCAACCUCAUUGAGUUCCCGUGAGCAGUUGGCCAUCGCAGAGUUUGCCAACUCCCUUCUGGUCAUUCCCAAGACCCUUGCAGUCAACGCUGCAAAGGACUCUGUUGAUCUGGUGGCUAAGCUCAGGGCGUACCAUAACACAUCACAGCUUCAGGCCGAUCACUCGCAUCUCAAGUGGGUUGGUCUGGACCUGGUUGAAGGAAUCGUGCGAGACAACAGGGCCUUCGGUGUUCUGGAACCCGCCAUCUGUAAGGUCAAAUGUCUGAAAUUCGCCACCGAGGCCGCCAUCACGAUCCUGCGUAUCGACGACCUCAUCAAGCUCGCUCCCGAAGAACCACCCCAGGGUGGUCACGGAGGUGGUCACCCCGGCAUGGGCGGCAUGGGUGGCAUGCCAGGUGGUAUGGGUAUGAUGUAACAUUUGACCUCUGAGCUGAUGUUAAUUUCGGGGAUGCCCCUUUUCAGGCUAGUCUGAAUUCAGACAAGCAACUUACUAGGGACUUUAUGCUACUGCACAGGAAAGUUUCUAAGGAUGCAAAAUACUACAAUAGAAUUCCAUGGAAGAAAAUAGUUCAUCCAAAUCAAUUUCCCACCACACAUGUGCAUCUUGUGCAUUGUCAUGGCUUUACUUAAACUAAUACUUAGAACAAGGCAACACAACCCCUGUUUACUAUGUGCAUGGGAAAAAUUGCAUUUAUACAAUUGCUGUAUGUGGAAGCUCAAUUGAAUCCUAUUGAAGUGUUUGUCCUCAAAGACCUUGUUAGCUGUAACAUAAAUUCCCUACUUUCAUGCCUUAGAAAACAUUCUGUGUGCAAAAAAUGGCUCAUUCUAGCUGAUUUUCAGGCAUUCAUAUCAAUACGAAGUGGCAUCCCUGAGAGUUGACCUUUGAUUCUCUUUGAGGCAAUAGUUAUCUUCUCUGUAUUUAUUGCUAUGAGUGGCAUGUGGUCCCUUUGUUUUACAACAAUCAUCUCCAGGAUCCCUUUCACAAAACUUGUUAACAUAAAAAAUGGCAUAUGAUUGGCCUGUAGCAAAGUUGUGAUGGAAAUGAAGCAUUUGCUAUCGAUAACAAUUUUGUGCAAUGGGACAGAGAUUUGGAAGGAGGCGGUUUUGUAUUGUGAAAGAUUUUUCGUAAUUUAAGUCAUUGCUUUUAACCUUUGAUGGUGCUGUUUCAUUCUUUGCAAUCACAUCGAAGUUUCGUGUUGAGAUUGAAGAUUGGUUGAGGGCGAUUCCGUACGUGUCGUACAGGACAUUUUGUCAACAAUUUCUAGUCUCUCAGCUGAUUGCUUGAGCAAUGAACAAUUAUGUUUGGUCAAUAAUAAAGUUUAGUGGGUAGUAAUGUGAAAAACUGAUGACCAACAAAAAAUAUUUGAUUAUGGCUGAAUUAAGGGCGAAAAUGUUGUGUGUCGUACGGGACUCAGAAAUGUCCUGUACGACACGCAACAUUUUCACCUCUAAUUCACCCAUGGACAGCAUAUUUUUGUUGGUUGUCAAGUUUUCAUAUGUCUACCCAGUAGUACUCUAUUAUUACUACAAAACAAAUUGAAGUUCUUUGUUUGGACAAUAGGUUGAAAAUGGUGCGAAAAUAGCUGAUUUUUCUAGCAUGGAAUCGCCCUUGAAAUAACAUCAUUAUUGGUUCAAAAUGUGAGAUUUAAUGAUAACCUUGCAAAGGAUAUUUGAUAUGAAUUUUAUGAUAUGCCUAUUGGUAGGUGAAAGAAAAUUGUGCUUUUUCUAUUAAAUAGUAAAUUGAAUGUGGUGUCAAAAUCUAUAAACUUGUCCUGGACAUUAUGAUUUAGGAUAUAUGAACACAAGGGGAGCAUUUCACAAACAAAUUGUGAUUUUCACUGACAUUUGAUAUAAGCUACUGAAAUGCUUGUGUCUGAUUGGCUGAGAGCAAAUUUUUCAGUAAAUACUACAGACAAGAUUCAUGAAACAUUCCCUCUCUGAAAGCGGAUUGGUGCAUAAUCCCAUUUUCGUACAAGAAGCAUGCUUUCAGAGAAAGCAGUCGGAAGAAAAACCAAGUAGCCACUUGUGCUUGGAAUUUUUGCCCCUUUCUUGAUGGAUCCUUUGGCAACAUCCCUUAUCCUUGAUUCUGUGACAGAACAGUUCAUGAGUAUGAGCCCUUCUCAAUGAACUUAAUUCGUCUUUCCUCUUCAACUUGGAAUCACAUGUUUGUUUCUCAAGGUAGUUAACUGGAAUGUAUCACUGACCACAAAUCAAGUUUUCCGUUUCUCAUGUCUCUUUCUUUCUCUGUGUCUCUGUUUUAUCUCUCACUCUCUCUGUUUCUCUCCUUAUAAUUGCCCUUUCCCUCUAUAUCUCUCUUUAACAUCUGUUCUCUGUCUUUAUCACUAUCUUUCAAUCUCUUUAUCCCCUUUUCUCUGCCUCUUAAUUUAUCUCUCUAUCCUCGUUUAUACUUGUAUCCCUCUCCAUCUCUCUCUGUCUUCAACACUAUCUUUUCUUUGUAUCUCUGCCUGCUUGUUUCGCCUUAUUAUUCCUGUUAACUCUCUCUCUCAUGAGUCGCAUUCACUUGACCUUAGCUCUGUCAUUCAAAGGCUUGUGGUUAUAUUGAUGAUUAAGAUCACACACCACGGGGCUAAGAUGACCUUAGCAACACUACUCAAAGAAACAAAACAGAAGGAUAUAAGGAGGGGUCAUAUAAUAAGGUCUUGAUUAUGAGAUGACCUUAUGAAGAGUGUUUUAUUCUCUAGGGGGUGUUUCACAAAGUGUUGUCUGUCUAAAGAUCCUUCUUAAGUACAACGAGCACUUGAUAUGUAAAAUGUAAUUUUGUUGAUUAAUAAGGGGGGUAAAUCUUUCCCAUGAUCAUGAUCUGACCAACGUGGUGAUGCAUUACUUGGUUGUAUUAUUCACCCACAAAACUGGAUUAAGUGCGAUUUCUAGUCAGACAUGAAUCCUUGUGAAACGUUGCCUAGAAUUUAUCAUAUAUCAACUUGUUGGUAUCAAGAAAAAUUUUGUGAAAAGUCACCCAUCACAGCAGCAUAACCUAUUGCACAUUUUGAUGUGAGGAUCCUUGCUAAGGAGACUGGUGUCCCAGUGGCCGAGUUCCAGUUCGGUGUGGUGUUGACUUACCAAUAAUAAAAUUUGGACCAUUUAGGGGAACUCUUUUGUUUGUGUGUGUUGGAGCAUUGGACGGCAAUCAAAAUUGCACCUUCAGCACCAACACCGAACUUGAAAUUGCCCAUUGUGGUGUUUAACUGUAACACUUGGUUUUAUUUCAGUUACAUGCAAACCAUAAAUGUUAACUGCUUUACAACUGUUUGCCCUCUUUGUUCAUAUUCCUUAUUAAAUUAGAUGAAGGAAAAAAUAUAAUGAUUGUAAGGUAAUGCAAUAAUAGUUUGUUUCCAAAUAAUAAUCUUUGAGCACAUGCUACAUCUGCUUUUGGGAAAGCAUUUCAAAAGUACAUUUUGUAGAGAAAUAAAAUGAAUGUCCCUGUUCUCUAAAUUAGCUCAAAUAGAUAGUGCUGUGAAAAUAUUAAUCAAUUAUGAAGUAUUAAUGUUGUUUGUAGUGACAUUUUGUGAAAAGCAUUGAGUGAGUAGACAAAGUACAAAAGUGCACAUGAUUUUUUUUCUUAUUUGUUUUUGUACUAUUAAAGCAUUAAUGUCUGAACACA